GAGUUAAUUCGAAGUACGAUAGUUGAUGGUUAAUGUUUAGUUUAUAACAUUCAUUGCCCCGUCGGCGUCGGGUUGUGUUCAACAAUUAACUUUAAGUGUUAUUAGGUAGCAUAUCUUUCUCAUCUAUUUAUUUACAAUGGAAGCAAAACAUGCAGUUAAAGUUCAACAAUUAAAGAAACACCCUAAAGAAAACUCGAAUCUAUUGUCAGAUCUUUUUUACUGCUGGACAGUUCCAAUAUUUAAAACUGGUUUUAAAAAGGGAUUGACAGAGAAAGAUAUCUAUCAAACUUUGCCAGAUCAUCGGUCCACAAAGUUGGCAAAUAAACUAGAGCGAGCAUGGAAUAGUCAGAAAAAUAGAAUCAAUAAACCUUCUCUUUGGAGAGCAAUAUGGAAAGUUUUUAAAUGGGACAUUAUGCUUUCGAUACUUCUUUAUUUCAUCACAGAAUUUCUUCUUAAAAUCGUUCGUCUUGUGGCCCUGGGAGUAUUAUUGGGUUACUAUUCUCCUAAAGAAUCAGAAAUGGAUAAGAGCGACGCAAUUAUUUGCGCUUCAGUUAUAGUUAUUUCAAGUUUUCUUUGUGAAAUAUUAGAUCAUGCCUACAUAUUUCAUUUCCUACAAUUAGCAAUGAAAGUUCGAGUGGCCUGCACCUCUUUAGUUUAUCGAAAAGCACUGAGGCUUAGUAAAAAAGCAUUAAGUAAAACAACUGUAGGGCAUAUAAUUAAUUUAUUGUCAAACGAUAUGCAGAGAUUGUCCGAAUUUUGGGGAGCUUAUCAUGCUCUUUGGGCAGCGCCUCUUCAGGCCGGUGUUAUCCUUUUUUUACUAUAUUGGAUUGCAGGGCCAACGGCUUUAGUUGGAAAUAUUUUUCUUGUGGUACUUACACCGUUGCAGGUGUUUAUGACCAAAAAAACUGCCAAUUACAGAUUCAAAAUAUCUUUGAAGAGCGACGAACGAAUACGUUAUAUGAGUGAAAUUAUCUCUGGAAUUCAAGUUAUCAAAGUUUAUACUUGGGAGUUUCCAUUUGUUAAACUUAUAGACUCUAUUAGAAGAAAGGAAAUGUAUUUCAUAAAGAUUGCCAACUUUUUAGAUUCAAUCACAAUUGCUUUUGAAUUCUUCUUUGAUCGUACGGCUAUAUUUAUUUGUUUAGUAACUUAUGUUUUACUUGGAAACAAUCCAGAUGCCCAGUAUGUUUUUGUACUUGCUUCAUUCUAUGAUUUGAUGAUGCAGUCAGUUUCAUUGUAUUUUCCUCAAGGGCUUACAAUAACUCUUCAAGCAAAUGUGGCUAUAAAAAGGUUUGAAAAUUUCUUCAAUUUAGACGAAAUACAAAACAAGAUAGUUACAUCUGAAGAAAUUGGGAUUAAAAUAGAACAAGUUUCGGCGAAAUGGUCCGAAACUUCAAACCAAAAUACUUUGUCAGAUAUCAAGUUUAACUUGGAACCAAAACAACUAGUCGCGAUAAUUGGACCCAUUGGUAGUGGAAAAUCCAGUCUACUGCAAUUAUGUUUAGGUGAAUUAUCGCCAAAUAGAGGUGCUGUACAAAUAGGCGGUACAAUAUCGUAUGUAAAUCAAGAGCCGUGGCUGUUUGCUGGUUCCGUCAAACAAAACAUACUUUUCGGACAACCUAUGGUUAAAGAGAAAUACCAAGAAGUGAUCAGAGUUUGCGCUUUACAAGACGAUAUUGCCCAAUUCCCUUACGGCGAUAAUACAAUCGUGGGAGAACGUGGAAUUCUUUUAAGUGGUGGUCAAAAAGCUCGAAUAAAUCUUGCCAGAGCAAUAUACAAAGACGCUGAUAUUUACUUAUUCGAUGAUCCCUUGUCCGCCGUGGACGCAAGCGUUGGCAAACAAAUUUUCCACAAUUGCAUUUUGAAUUAUUUAAAGGGCAAAUGUACAGUUCUUGUAACUCAUCAAAUCCAGUAUUUAAAUUUUGUCAAUAAAAUAUAUUUGAUGGUAGAUGGAAGCGUCGCGGCUGCUGGAAGUUAUAAAGAGUUGCAAGCAUCGGGUGAAGAUUUUACUAGACUUUUGAAAGAAGCAGAAAAAGGCGAUGAAAGUGAGGAAGAAUCGGUUAUUGAAACUAAAGUAAGCAAAGAAGAUAAGGUACAAGAUGAAGAGGAGGAAGUUUGGAUAAAAGGAAAAGUUUCUAAGAAAGUUUACUUAUCUUACCUUCGAGCGGGUGGAAAUUAUUUCAAUUUUGUUGUAAUUGGUGUUUUAUUUAUUAUGACCGAGAUUUUGGCGACUGGUUCUGACUACUUCAUUACCUUCUGGGUGAAUUUAGAGCAAAGAAGAAUUGCUGAAAACAAAACCAGUAACGACACUUUAUCAUCUGACCCUGUAGAUUCUUUUUUCACAAAUGAAAAUUGUAUCUAUGUUUACACAGCUAUAAUUGGGGCUUUAAUAGUGUUCUCCAUUGUCCGUUCAAUGUCUUUUUUUAAAAGUUGUAUGACAGCCUCCGUUCGUUUGCAUGACAAAAUGUUCACAAGUAUUAUAAAUGCCUCUAUGAGAUUUUUUUAUACUAAUUCCUCCGGAAGAAUACUCAAUAGGUUUUCCAAAGACAUGGGAAGCAUAGACGAGACUCUUCCUGAAGUGUUUUUAGAUGGCCUUCAGAUGGCAACGGCAAUUACUGGUACCGUUUUGGCCAUAUGCAUUGUAAAUCCUUGGACCCUCAUUCCUAGUAUCGCAGUUGUUAUAAUAAUGUUGCUUAUCAGAUUUGUUUAUCUUUCUACUAGCAGAGACGUGAAAAGGAUGGAAUCUACAAAUCGGAGUCCAAUUUUUUCACAUUUAACUGAAUCAAUGAAAGGUUUAACAACAAUAAGAGCUUACGGUGCACAAGAGGUUUUAGAAAAAGAGUUUGAAACUCAUCAAGAUAUACACACAUCUAUAUUUUACAUGUAUUUAGGAACUAACAGAGCUUUAGGUUUUUAUUUGGAUACAGUUUGUGUUUUGUAUAUUUUAUUAAUUACAGUCAUAGCUUUGACAAAAGAAAGCUACGCUGGAAAUGUUGGUUUUAUGAUAACUCAGUGUAUGAGUUUGUCUGGCAUGUUUCAAUGGGGAAUUAGACAGUGGAGUGAAAUGGAAAAUCAAAUGAUUUCAGUUGAAAGAAUUAAAGAAUAUAUAAAUGUUGAACGUGAAAAAGAAACUAAAACUAGAGACCCUCCACAACAAUGGCCUGAACAUGGCAAAAUCCAAUUUAAGUCUGUCUCUAUGAGAUAUUCUUCAAAUGAUCCAUACGUACUUAAAAAUCUCAAUAUUUCGAUCAACCCUAGGGAAAAAGUUGGAAUAGUUGGUAGAACUGGUGCUGGAAAAUCAUCUCUAAUUGCAGUACUGUUCCGUUUGGUGGAUUUUGAAGGCAGUCUUUUCAUUGACGAUCUUGAUACAAAAGAAUUAAGUUUGUUUUCGCUACGGUCCAAAAUUUCUAUUAUACCACAAGAGCCUAUAUUAUUUUCGGGAACUGUGCGUAAAAAUUUAGAUCCGUUUGAUCAGUACCAAGACGACCAAAUAUGGGAUGUACUAGAAAAAGUAAAACUGAAAGAAUUCAUUGGUAACUCUGAUCUAGGACUACACAGCAAUUUGGCAGAAGGCGGAUCAAAUUUCAGUGCUGGUCAAAAACAAUUGAUUUGUUUAGCUCGAGCAUUACUGAAAGAUAAUAAAAUUUUAAUACUUGAUGAAGCCACUGCUAACGUUGAUCCAUACACCGACGAAUUGUUACAGAAAACUAUUCGAGAAAAUUUUGAAAAUUGUACAGUUCUCACUAUAGCACAUCGAUUACAUACUAUAAUGGAUUCUGACAAAGUACUAGUAAUGGAUGAUGGCAAAGCAGCUGAAUUUGAUCAUCCCCACGCACUGCUACAAAAGAAAGGAGUUUUCUUUGACUUAGUCAUGGAAACGGGAAAGGCGAUGGGUGCUAAUUUAUCGGAAAUAGCCCAACAGAAUUACAUAAUGAGGCGUAAUUAUUUGGAACAAUCGUAAGCACUUACAAAGUAUUCAAAUCGCUGUGAUACAUAUGACCAUAUGUACAAAUAAUUUAUUCAAUGUCUUGUUUAUUAAUAAAAUAAUAAAAAAUGAAAACUGUAGUAUGGAUUAUGUAAAGCCAACUUCUGUGCAAAAAUAAAUAAAUUUUUGUAAAAUAA